UGAUGUGCCCUACCCAUUGUAAGACAGGGUUUGGGUUUGGGUUUGGUGCAUCCAAUUCUAACAUUCAGCAAUUUGUCUUUCUAUUAAAACUGAAAUAGAAAAACCUCCCGAACCACAACACAUCAGCUUCGUCUUCGAUCCCUACUUUUUCAUCAAUUCACUCCCAAAAUCCAAGGAAAACAAGAUACUUUUUUUUUUUUUGCUUUGCUUUAAUUCAUCUAGGUAUUAAGUGAUUGUUUUGAAGGGGAUUUGAAAAUAUGAGUGGUGCUCCAAAGAGAUCUCAUGAAGAAGGUGGUGCUCAAUCUUCUUCUGCCUCCAAAUACGCUCAUGAGGAUACUGCUAAUUAUCCUAAAAUGCCUUCGUCUUCAGUACCCACUGAGUACCAUCAUCCUGCUCCUUAUGACAUGGGGCAAGAUGCUAGAAUGCCUAGGAUUCCUAGAACCGAGCUUCGUGAUUCAGGUAGAAGGUCACCUCUACAGCACUCCAUGUAUAGAAUGCCUUCGACUAUUGCUUUGAAUGAUUCGCAUAUGGAUUCUCAUCAGGGUUGUUCUGAGAGUAGGAUGGAGUUGCGGGAGGCCAAGGACAACCGAGAGGUUAGGGUUGAGAGUCGAGAACAGAGAGUGGAACCAAGGGAGUUCUAUGCUGAGGCUGCAAAGAGGGAGUAUCAAAGUGGGAAAGGUGAAAAAGAUGGUAGGUUUGAGAGUAGGGGGGAUGAGAGUAAAGAAUUGAAACAUGAUAGAGACAAUUAUAGUGGUCCGAAGAGUGAUUUGAAGGUGGAAAAGGAUCUCUAUGGUGGGGCUAGUAUUCAUUCGAGUUGGAAGGAUCCAAGGGAUUACCUUAGAGGAAAAAGGUAUUCAGAGCCCCCAGGUGGAAACAUAGAUCCAUGGCAUAUCCAACGUGCUAAUUCACAAGGAACAGUUGAAGUUGUAAAGGAAGGUCCUGCUACUGAAGAAAGAGAUUAUGCUGAAGGUCACGAGGCUGUUGGUGAGAACAAGUUUGAUUCAAAAGGUGAUGAUAGGUUUAAAGACAAGGAUAGAAAAAGAAAAGAUGGGAAACACCGGGAUUGGGGAGAUAGAGAUAAGGAAAGAAGUGAUCGUAGGAACAACACACAUGUUGGUAAUAGUAGCGGAGAGGUAAAAGAAUCUGCAAGAGAGGAGAGAGAAGCAGAGAGAUGGGAAAGAGAAAGGAAGGAUUUGAAGGAAAAAGAAAGGCCAAAAGAGAGGGAGAAGGAUCAUAUCAAGAGAGAGCCACUGAAUGGAGCAGAGAAAGAAGGAUUAAACAAUGAGAAGGAAUUAGGAGAUGGAUCUGUUAGAAUUCAAGAGCAGGAAAAUCAGGCAUCUGAGCAGAAAAAACAAAAAGAGUUGGAUAGCUGGAAAAAUGUUGAUAGAGAAGCUAGAGAUAGGAGAAGAGAAAGAGAUGGUGACACAGAAGGAGACAGACCUGAGAAGCGCAGCAAGUGCUCUGAUAAAGAAUCUGAUGAUGGGUGUGCAGAUGGUGAAGGGGCUACGGAAAGGGAAAAGGAAGGUUUUAAUUCUGGAGUCCAGCAGCGUAAAAGGAUGCUUCGUCCAAGAGGCAGCCCUCAAGUGGCUAGCCGUGAGCCUUCUUUUAGAUCCCGACCUCAAGACAAUGAAGGAUCUCAGGGUAAACCUGAAGUGUCUACUGUUGUUUAUAAAGUUGGUGAAUGCAUGCAAGAGCUGAUUAAGUUGUGGAAAGAAUAUGAAGCCUCUCAAGCUGAUAAAAAUGGUGAAAGCUCUCAAAAUGGCCCUACUCUUGAAAUUCAAAUCCCUGCUGAGCAUGUUACUGCCACAAAUCGUCAGGUCAGGGGUGGUCAGCUAUGGGGGACUGAUAUAUACACAGAUGACUCUGACCUUGUUGCUGUUCUUAUGCAUACUGGUUACUGCCGUCCAACUGCUUCUCCACCUCCACCAGCUAUCCAAGAGCUACGUGCUACUAUCCGUGUGCUGCCACCACAAGAUUGCUACACCUCUAAACUUAGGAACAAUGUUCGUUCCCGUGCUUGGGGAGCUGGAAUCAGUUGUAGUUAUCGUGUUGAACGAUGCUGCAUUGUUAAGAAAGGAGGCGGAACCAUUGAUUUGGAGCCAUGCCUUACACAUUCAUCAACAGUGGAGCCCACCCUUGCUCCAGUUGCUGUAGAACGGACAAUUACUACUAGGGCAGCAGCUUCUAACGCCUUACGACAGCAAAGAUUUGUACGGGAAGUUACGAUACAGUACAACCUAUGCAAUGAGCCUUGGAUUAAGUAUAGUAUCAGUAUAGUUGCUGACAAGGGUCUGAAGAAACCCCUUUAUACAUCUGCUCGUUUGAAGAAGGGUGAAGUUCUGUACUUGGAGACACAUUCGUGCAGGUAUGAGCUAUGUUUUACUGGAGAGAAAAUGGUGAAAGCUACAGCAGCGUCUCAAGCACAUGAAGCAGAUACAGAGAAGUCUCAAAAUCACCACGCACAUUCCUCAAAUGGUGAAAAGAACGACUCUGAGAACACCCUGAUAGAUGUUUUCAGAUGGUCUCGGUGUAAGAAGCCCCUUCCCCAGAAAGUCAUGCGUUCAAUUGGAAUUCCCUUGCCACUCGAGCAUGUAGAGGUAUUGGUGGAGAAUGUUGACUGGGAAGAUGUGCAGUGGUCGCAAACAGGGGUUUGGAUAGCUGGAAAAGAGUACACACUUGCUCGAGUGCAUUUUCUAUCUCCAAAUUAGCUGUUAUUUUUCGAGUUUGGUAUCUUCACAUGCACAGAGACCCUUUGUCAUGUUCUUAUGGAGGAAUAAAAAGUCAAGUGUUAUGAAAUAA